AAAGAAAAUCAAUUUCUUUCCAGCCAACAUAACGCCACAGUGGUGGCUAGGACGCUUUGGUGCGGUGGUCCUGUUACCGCAGUGUGUGUCGGACGCACCUUUCGAAUAUUGGAACCACCGAGUUGUGUGCCAGUGUCGUGCAAAUUUGAUUUCGUUUUUAAUUUAACGUACUGUUUCGUUUCAGUAGUUAAGUGAGUUCGGUACCGAGAUCGUACUACAGGUUGCUGUCCAGCCCCGGGGGAAGGCCUCCCAUCGUAAAUUUGCAACCCACCGUUGAGGUCAAAAUGAACGGCACACAUUCACCCGACAUGAUAAGCCGGUUUCGCGACCUGAAACUGCUAGAGUCCGGCGAAGGACCCCGGCCGGAACCACCGCACAACGAGGAACCGGGUCACCAUCGGCAUCAGCGGUCGUUCGCUGCCCAGUCGGCCGCCACCAAGUCCCAGUUCAUUCCGGCCAUUUGCAACUUUCAAACGGCCCGGAAAAUGGCACAGGAAAACCUGGAGCAUCAGCCGCUGCCGGAUGCAGUGAUCGAUAUUGCAUUUCGGAAAGCGCAGGCAGCCGGCUUUCCCAAUCCCGGCAUGGAGCUAAGCGUUGGACCGUACGCAACCGGCGUUGGAUGUAAGAACUACAAGGCCGGCCCAACAAAGUGUACCAAGUAUCGCGUUUAUCGACCGAAAACGUGUGGCGUCAUACCGAAGGUGCCCAGCGCGCUCGAUACACCCGAGCGGCCGGAGAGUAUGCGCGUGAAGAAGAAGGUCGGUGCGAUGGAUUUGGCGAUCGGGUGGGAGUUUCGCACCAAGCACGAGCCCCGCUCGCAAACCUACAUGGACGGUUCGAAACCCUCGGUUGCACCGCCAAUCUUCGAGGUGGUCGAACCUGCCAAGGACCUGAACCUGCCCGCGGUGGUACACGCUGGAGGCGUCUUUUCCAACACUUUGGGCGAGGAGGACUUUUUCGACCGUGAUGUUAUACGCCAGCACAAGCGUCUGGUGCGUCCGACCAGCAAUCGUUGCAAGUGUGGCAAUGGUUCUGCCCGGUCCUCCAAGUCUUCGAAUGCUGCAAGGCAGCAGCUGCACCGAAAGAACGGCAGUGGUCGUGAGCGACAGCACGAGCAACACCACCAGCAGCAGCAACAGAAGCAACACGACGAACCCACCACGAUGGAGAUCAACAAUAACAACCUGCCAGCAGUACGAGGCUCGGCGCGUUCGCACGGUUCGUCCCAGGGUAAGGAGCUCGCCGAACUUCAACGCCAAGCGGGUGGCAGUGCAAACUCGAUGGAGCGCAAGAUGCAUGAAGCGGCGGCCAAGCACGCGGAACGAAUCGAACGCUUCUGUCACAAGUUUGUGCCGGAGGAAUUCCCGUACAAUUUCCACCAGGAGUAUCGGUGUGCUUUCAAGGCCGGUAUUCCGCAGAGCAACGUGUCCGGCACGCUCAGCAGUUUCGAUACCGGGCCCAACGGUAAUGGGCAUCAGCGAAAAGCGGCCGUCUACAAAAAAUUGCUGCACAUCCCCAAGCCCCGUGAACCGUACACCAAGAAGAACUACGUCAUCGAUACGCUCGCGCCCCCGUUCGCCUUCUGGAAGAAGGGUUCCGGCUAUCCGGACUAUUGGCGGCUGAUCAGCGUCUACCAGCAGGCGUACAACAAACCGAUCGAGAAGAGGAAAUACCCAUUGCUCAAGACCGUGUACCAGUAGGUGCGUGCCGUCCAACUACACGGACGCCGGUAGGGACGUCUGCUCAAUUAUUCAUAGCCUUAUCACCCAAACACACCGACACACACACAUAUAUUACACUCCUUUAGUCAAUGACUUUUGAUUUGUCGAUUCUCACCAAUAGCGGAUUGUGUCAAUUGCCCCGUCUUACUUAUAGUCUGAUGCGAAAUAAAAAAAACGAAACAUUCGAAGAUCUCCCGGGAGAGAUCUUAUGCCAAAGA